AGGAGGACGAGACGGCGGUGGAGACGGCGAGGGAGACAGAGAGAGGGGUCGAUAAAAGACGAGCUGUUGGAAUUCAGACGUAGCGAGUGAAAGAGGGAGAAGGGAAUCGGAGGCUUUUAGGUGGGAAGGCGGAGCGAUUCGGGAGGAGUGUCGGUUUGCCGCUGCUGCUUCCUUUCCGGAAUCGAUCGGGUGAGGUUUCGGAAGCAGGAGGAGGAGAAGGAUGGUGGGGUUGAACGGGGUAGGCGGCGGAGGGGCGGGGGUGAGGGUACCGGGGAUGUGGCGGCUCGCUGACGAGAUGAAUCCUCCGGGGAUCGGGUGCCGGGGAAUGGAGGCAGAGUACGUCCGGAGGUUCCACCUGCAUGAGCCCACGGAGAACCAGUGCAGCUCCGCCGUCUUCAAGCAUAUCAAAGCCCCCGUCCACCUCGUGUGGUCUCUUGUCAGGAGGUUUGAUCAGCCGCAGAACUACAAGCCCUUUGUGAGCAGGUGCAUUGUGCAGGGGGGUGUAGGGGUUGGGAGCCUGAGGGAGGUCAAUAUCAAAUCUGGGCUCCCUGCAACCACCAGCUUCGAGAGGCUGGAGCACCUCGACGACAAUGAACACAUUCUUAGCAUUAAGAUUGUGGGUGGGGAUCACAGGCUCAAGAACUACUCAUCCAUCGUUACUGCCCACCCUGAGACAAUAGAUGGUCGACCAGGGACUCUUGUGAUAGAGUCGUUCGUGGUGGAUGUGCCUGAAGGUAACACCAAAGACGAGACCUGCUACUUUGUGGAGGCAUUGAUCAAAUGCAACCUGAAGUCAUUGGCAGACGUUUCAGAGCGCUUGGCACUUCAGGAUCGCACGGAGCCCAUCGACGGCUAAAAGUCAUCGGAGGGCAUGCUCAUAGCUGUCAGUGAUGAAUACAGGGCUUCGGACAUGGAAGUUUUUUGAGAUGCCCUGGUAGUCUCUUUCUAGCUCCUCUCCCUCCAUGUUUCUUCCCUCUCUGGGUUGAUCGGUCGAAUUGAGCUCCAUCCAUUGCAUGGACAUUUGCUUUAUCCCCAUAUUAAUAUAGGGUGUUGUUACCUUGUGUGAAGAA